AUGAUCGCUGGCACGGCGCUUGAGGACAAGGCUGCGACUCUAGAAGACUGGAGUGGCCUACUAGAGGACGCGAUGGUCUCUCGCACGUGGGAUGAUGAGGAUUUUGUGGGAACCUCUGUUGCACUUGACGAGUGCGAGACUGCGGAAGGCGAUACUUCAAGUAUUAUAAUAGAGGACGAUGUCUCUGGGUUGUGGGAGGACGAAGCUUUCAUUGAAGUCUCCGGUACAACGCUCGAGGAGGACAACGUAGCGACAUGGGAGGACUCUGCAAGUGUACUAGAGGAAGUUAUAGAGUCCGAGGCGUGUGAUGAGGACGUUUUCGUCGGAGAGAUUAAUGCUGCACUUGAGGGUGACACCGUGACUGCAGAUGAUGGGGUUAUAGUCUCGGGGAUGGGCGAUGAGGCUUCCGUGGUGCUCUCCGACAUUACCGACAAGGUACUAGGCGAGGCUGCAUUCGCAGAAGAAGAUUCAGCCGGAGUAAUUGGUUCAACCCGAGUAGAAUGGGAUGUAGAUGGUGCUGGAACCACUGCACUUGAGCUGGACAGCGGCUCGGUGGUGGUGUGUGCAGCUUGA